CAGUUUUCAGAACUAAAAAUGUGCCCAAACAACAAUAUUUUUGUAUGCUUUCCAAGAGGGGUCAACAAUUCAUGUUUUAAAUCGAAAUUCGCAUCCGAAUAAUCUUUAAUUCCUCAUAAAGUGGACAGUGAAACUUCCAAACAAGGUCGAGUCAAGAUAAAACCAGAACCGCUGUUAUCAAAAUUAACCUAUAUUUUUCUAGAUGAUAAGGUGAACAUCUGUAGGUAUUGUGGAAGUCCGGUACCGCGAUAUUGAAGAAUUUUCGGUGGUUCUUGUUGAAUGAAUAACUGAAAGUGAGUUAACACAAUGCAAGGAUGACUUGGAGGAAUAAUGAGAAAGUCCUCCUUUUCAAUAGUUCGCGAUGAAGAAUCAGAUAAUUCUAAUAAAUCAUUUGACGACGAUCUUGUACCCCUAGACAAGAAGAGCGCAAAACAAUUUAAAUACUUGGAUAAAAUAAGUGUUAAAACUGAGGAUGAUUCAGAUGGAGAAUCCAAACAGAAGGUGACAAGGAAAGACUCAAGCAGACUUUCAGCCGGUAAAGAUUUUUCGAUACCCUCUGAUGGACUACUCAGAAAGUCAACACUGACAAAAGUUAUGACGAAAAAUUCUAGUGGUAGUGAUGAAGAUGAAGAAAGUGCAAUGGAGGAAAUACACAGGUCUAUAAGGAUUCCUAACGAAUACAAUCCCAGUUUGUAUCAGGAUUUGGAUGUUGAUGAUGAAGUCAGAGAGCUAUUUCAAUAUAUCGUCAAAUAUAUGCCGCAACAACUCACUUUGGACUACAAAUUCAAGCCUUUCAUACCGGAUUAUCUACCAGCUGUCGGCGACAUCGAUGCUUUUUUAAAAGUUGUACCUCCAGAACCUAUUUUAUUCGGGGAAAAUUUCAAUAUUCAGGAACAUCAACUUGGUAUUGCCGUUUUAGACGAACCUGCUACCACCCAAAGCGAUUCCGCUCUGCUUCAUCUACAACUGAGAGCUUCUAACCUUGGAGUUCCCCAAGAUGCAUCGGACGUGAUUGUGAAAAAGGUGGAUAAAGUUGAUAAAAAUCAUAAGGUGAUCGAUAAAUGGAUCAAAGAUAUAUCAGAUUUGCAUCGAAGUAAAUCUUCGCCUUUUGUCAGAUAUGCAGAGCCUAUGCCGGACAUAGACGACUUGAUGCAAGAAUGGCCUGAGGAAAUAGAGAAUCAACUGAAAGAGCAUGGAUUUCCCGCACCCGAACCUCAUAUGACACUAACCGAGUAUUUAGAACUGAUUUGCGAUGUUUUUCAGAUACCGACGACAAAGAACAAGGUUCAUUCACUGCAUGUGCUCUUUUCACUAUAUGCUGCAGUGAAGGAUUCCAAAUUUUAUAAGCCCUCAAAAGGUUAUGACAAAAAAUCUGAUGUAGUAGAAAUUAAUCAACCAGAUCAACUUGUUCUUGAUUGAUUCAAAUUUUAAGUCAA